AUGGACGUAGAAAAAGGCCAUGCUCACGUAGUCACGAAGACCAUAAAUGAUAUUUACAAUCUUCCCCAAGAAAAACCACUUACUGCAGAUGAGAAAUCCUAUCCAGUCCUUAAUGCGAUACUGACUCUUCCUUCAGUCAACUCAAGAAAUUAUCGACUAAAGGAGUAUGAGAUAUUUGGGUCAAACGUUAUACCUUUCAUCCCUUUCCUCGAUGCCGACAAUUUCAGACACGGGUCUUGUCGAUUGCAAUCCGUCUGGAGUAGGGAUUACGACGGAUAUAAUUACCCAGAGAUAGAUCAUGGGAAUUCGCUAGAUGGAUCAUGGGACUGGAAUUUGUUACUCAGAUCCGAACAAACCCCGCUAACAGAAACGCCGUUAAUACCGACUCAUUCUUACUUGAGGCGUCACCGUGUGAGCCACGAGUUAGACAAGAGUCCAGAGGAAGCGACAGCGGAAGUAGUAGCGAAGACCUUGGAGAAGAGCCCACUUAUCGAUUACGAGUACCUGAAAAUACCAACAGAGGCAGAGUUAAUAGCAGACAUACGACGAAUGAUAGAAGGCGAUGGAGAAGAUCCGACAGAGUUGCACAUAGCGGAAGGCCCGGUAGACCUACCAAGACAUAUUCCCAGAGUCCGACACACAAGAGGAAGAGGAAAGAACGUUCUCCCCAGCUGGAAGCAUCUCAGACGAGGACGGAUAUAG